AAUCGGGGCGCAAUUGGAAAACUGCCAAUGUAGCCAAUCACUUUGCAACUCCCUGUAUCAUGACGAAGCGUUCUCGCUCCAGGCUACAAGAACACGCAAGAGAAAUAGAAACGGUCGCUAGAGAAAUUGAAAAGACCGCGUCUGAGAUUGACAAUGUCGUGAAGAAAAUAGAGAUAAAAGAGGCGAAGGAAGACGACCUCGAGCGUCGCGCGGGGAAGAUCGACGAGGAGCUCUGCGACGUGCAGGCUAAGCUCGCAAACCCAGCUCUCAGUGAGGGGGAGAAAGCUGGGCUGCUGGUGGUCAAGCAGCAGCGACUCGCCUCGAAGCAAGAUUUGGACAAGCAGCUGGACGCAGUGCGCAAUGAUAAGCUCCUGCUGCGCAAGAAGGAGGAGCAGCUGCGCAAGAACCUGGAGCAGCUGCGCGAUGAGGAGCUCCUGCUGCUCAAGGAGGAGAAGGAUCUGCGAGCGGAGCAAGCGCACUCGAACGGGUCCCAACUGCAGCAGCAGCUCGAGGCGUUGCCAGAGCCCUCGGACAUGGCCUACAGCGAUCAGUGGUCGCAAACAGAGAACCACGCCUUCUUCCGGUGCUUUCGGCCAACCGCUGGCGUUGGGUCGACCAGAGCUCUGCCGGUGGCGCUGUACGACCCAGUUCUAGAUAAGCUGGUGGCGUUGUUCGGCGCGGCGCUGAAGGGCGUUGGUGUUGGCGGCGACGACGGCAGCAGCGGUGGCGGCGGCGGUAGCAGCGGCGGCUGCGGCAGCAGCAGUGGUGGCGGCGGCGCUGACAGCGUGCCCCCAUCAAACGCGGACUGCGAGAUGGCGAGCAGGCUGUGCGCGGCCAUGGCCAAGAGCUUUGCCAACGAGGAGGCGCGCAUGGCAGAAUUCAGCGAAUUGCUCCAAGAUUACCUCGGCGAGCGCAUCGAGCCCCACUAUCCGAUCUGCGGCCUGGGGUUUGUGACCGACGGGAGCCUGCUCUGCCGGGCCGGCGGGCCAGCGUCUUCAAAGAGGCUACCUGUGUACAUCCAGCAGGUCAAGUUGGAGAUUGGCACAGAGGGCGACCCCUACUUCCAAGGCCAGCGCUACUACCAGCUGUACCUGGCGAAUCCCGAGGUGGCAGCGCUGGUGCAGGGCACGGUGCUGCCUGUGCUGUUCGUGGAGCUGGUGGGGCCGUACCUCCGCGUGUCGGCGCUGGCGUCUCCGGCGGACGUUACCGUGGUGUGCGAGCCGCUCACGCCCUACCUGCACCUGUUCAGCAUGCACCGGCACCGGCCGGACCACAUGAUCUGCGUGGCGCUUGUGCUGCGGGCUCUCAAGAUCGGCAUCGGGCUUCUGAAGAACGCGUGCGGCCAGCUGCAGCAGCCCAUUGCUGCCUCGCCCGCGGCGGCGUGCUCAGCCUCGGCCUCGGCUGCGUCGGCUUCUUCGGCGGGGCCGGCGCCAGGGGCGUCAUCAUCGUCAGCGGCGUCGGCAGGCGGGGAGGCCGCGGCGACGGCGGUGCCGCGCGUGGCGGUGCCGCGCGUGGCAGUAGUGCCGCUGCGCGACCCGUCCCUGCAGCUGCCGUACCCGCUGCGCCCGGAGAAGGGCUUCCAGGACGUGCAGCCUGUUGGAGCUGGCGUGUACAACCCGCUGUACUUCGCUAUGUACGAGGGCAGGGCCGUGGCAGUGAAGUUUGCCCACAUGAGCGCGGAUGCGAUCCGUGUGCACCGCGCCUGGGCGGCGGCUGACUUGGCGCCGAAGGUGGUGCUGGAGGAGCUGCUGCCGUGCGGCCUGGUGAUGCUGGUGAUGGAGCAGCUGCCGCCCGCGGACGGCUGGGUCAUGUUCUACAGCUUGCCGCCCGAUCUGAAGAAUCAGCUGAACGACGCAGUGGUGGAGGCGCUGGGUCGGGCGCACAGCAUCGUCGUGGACGAGUCCCGCGGCCUCCCGGGCGUACACGCCGACCUGCGGCAGGCCAACGUCAUGGUGCGGCUGCCGCGCGCGGACACGGCGGCGGGCAGCGGCGGCGGCGGCAGGGGAGCUGCAGGCGGCGGCGGCGAGGUGGCGGUGGGCAGCGGCAUGGGCGGCAGCGAUGGCGGUGGGGCGGACGCGGCGGGCGGGGUCGGCGUCAGCAGCAGCAGCAGCGAGGCCCAGGUUCGUGGACUUUGACUGGAGCGGUCUGCAGGGCCACACACGGCUGCCGGCCUUCAGCCGCAUGCGUCUUCCGGGGUACGGGUGCGGCUGCCAGGUGACGCAGGAGUACGACAGGGCCCUGUGGGAGUACGAGCAGGUGUUUGGGCCCGAGUAGUGUAUGUGGUGUGGGUCGGGGCUGGACUGAUGGCGACAGCGCAUGUCUCUUGUACGACAAGGUCUUGUACGGCGGGUUUCUUGCUUCCAAGCGAAGUUAGGUGGCGUCGGGGCAAACGGCACACUCAACCCAUGCCACACACGAACUCAUCACAGCAAUCCGCAGGCAUUUAACAUGCGUACGAAAGCAACAAAAGACUUUGUUGCACCCUGGACGUACGUGUGAGCUCAGGUGGUGUUCCAUCGUUGCAACCAGUUGUGUUUUUGCAGUUUGAUGACAUGGGUGGGUCUGACAUUGGUCAACAUUGCUUGUGUACGGCGCGUCAAACGGUGGUGCGUUGCUGUUAUGCUAUGUUAUGGGGCGUUGCGAAUCCCUUCGGGGCUACCUGAUUUGGAUUGGACGUCUAGUGGGAUCGAUUUGGAUUGGUGGUUGUAAGCGUUGGUUCUACGAGUAUGUACGAUUGGUCGCUAGAAAGGGGAAAGGCUCCAAGAUAGUUUGCGGCCUUUUUUGUCGGGCAUGGCUGUAUACGCUCUGUUAGAGUACGUCUUAACGAUUGGCCAGUACGGACUCCUGAUGUGGUGUGUGGUCCUCGCUUCCUAAGGUUGAGUAUAGCAGCUUGGGAUGAAGCCCGAUACUGCCAAGUUUGUGUCACAGUAUACUGCUUUAUGCCUCGAGGCCGCCGGUUUUGCUGAGUUAGGGAACUACAUUUAUGCAACACGUGCCAUGCAGAGAAGGCGCACGAAAGGUUCCCUCCCCUCCUGCGCAAGGAGGGGAAGGAGGAAGGCACCUUACAUUUUGCAAGCAUCCAGCAGGUUGACAGCCAACUGAUCUACAGCUGCAUCAACAUCUCUGCGGUUACCUCCAUUAUUUAAUUAUA